AUGCAAAUCUUUGUUAAAACUCUUACCGGAAAGACCAUAACCCUUGAAGUUGAGUCGUCAGACACUAUCGACCAAGUUAAAGCUAAAAUUCAAGACAAAGAAGGAAUCCCUCCGGAUCAGCAACGUCUCAUCUUCGCCGGAAAACAGCUUGAGGACGGUCGUACCCUCUCCGAUUACAAUAUUCAGAAAGAAUCUACCCUUCACCUUGUUCUUCGUCUUCGCGGAGGAAUGCAAAUCUUUGUAAAGACACUUACCGGUAAAACCAUCACCUUGGAGGUCGAGUCUUCAGAUACCAUUGAUCAAGUCAAAACCAAAAUUCAGGAUAAAGAAGGAAUCCCCCCAGACCAGCAACGUCUCAUCUUCGCUGGUAAACAGCUCGAGGACGGUCGAACCCUCUCCGAUUACAAUAUUCAGAAAGAAUCUACUCUUCACCUUGUACUUCGACUUCGCGGAGGAAUGCAAAUCUUUGUAAAGACCCUCACCGGUAAAACCAUCACCUUGGAAGUCGAGUCUUCAGAUACAAUCGAUCAAGUUAAAGCCAAAAUUCAGGACAAAGAAGGAAUCCCCCCAGACCAGCAACGUCUCAUUUUCGCUGGUAAACAACUUGAGGACGGACGUACCCUAUCCGAUUAUAACAUUCAAAAAGAAUCAACCCUUCACCUUGUUCUUCGUCUUCGCGGAGGAAUGCAAAUCUUUGUAAAGACUCUCACUGGCAAAACCAUCACCUUGGAAGUCGAGUCAUCCGAUACAAUCGAUCAAGUCAAAGCUAAAAUUCAAGAUAAGGAAGGAAUCCCUCCAGAUCAACAACGUCUUAUUUUUGCCGGUAAACAACUAGAGGAUGGUCGUACCCUUUCCGAUUAUAACAUUCAAAAAGAAUCAACCCUACAUCUUGUUCUUCGUCUUCGUGGUGGUAUGCAGAUUUUUGUUAAGACCCUCACUGGUAAGACUAUUACCCUUGAGGUUGAAUCGUCUGAUACUAUUGAUCAAGUAAAAACAAAAAUUCAAGAUAAAGAAGGUAUUCCACCUGAUCAACAGCGUUUGAUUUUCGCUGGUAAACAGUUAGAAGAUGGUCGUACCCUCUCUGAUUACAACAUCCAAAAGGAGUCAACUCUUCAUCUUGUUCUCCGUCUUCGUGGUGGUCAAUAA